AUGGGUUUAUCUGAGUUGCCUGCAGAGCUAAUUCUGAUUAUAGCCGAGAACCUCAACUCUGGGGCCGCCAUCAACUCUCUUGCUCGUACGAAUACAAGCUUCUAUGACUUGUUGAAUCCUUUCCUUUGCCGCUACUGUGUGCGAAAGGGGAUGGACGACAUCGCAUUGGGUCAUGCCGCGAAAUACGACCAUCUAGCGGUAGUCAAGCGGCUACUCAGUGCCGGUGCCGACCUCUAUAACCCCGUAUUCUCGGGUAAGAGUAGAUGGAACUUCGGAGAUGGUCCUUAUGCAAGCCACCCGAUUGCGUUGCAGCCGAACUUGGCGCCACAAGAGUGA